AAUGUUGAUGUAUGGUGCCGACGUGCCGAACACAGAACAUCAGAAGAAAUCAUUUUCAUGGCUUGUCGGAACUAUAUAAUGAGCGACGCCGUCCAUUCGAGAAUUGACGCAGUCAGAUACUGCUAUCGGGAAGCUCACGCUUGCAUAUGAUGAUGCAAUCCACCAAAAGUACAAAUAUCAUGAGUAUCUCCCCGUUUAUGACGAAGAGACUCACUUUGACCCGAUCCAACCAUUUGAGUUCACGGAUCGGGGACUGGCAGCGGACAAAGCCAAGCCUGCUCUGCUGUCUAGUACCAAUCCAGAUCUCAAGGUCUCCAAACUCACCCCAGUUAUUGGCACCGAAAUCAGAGGUCUUCAACUCUCUCAAUUAAAUGACACGCAGAAGAAUGAACUUGCGCUGCUGAUUGCAGAGAGAGGUGUGGUCAUAUUCCGUGGGCAAGACUUCAAGGAUAUCGGACCGGAGAAACAGAAGGAAUUCGCGAGAUAUUUCGGACCACUGCACGUUCAUCCCGUUGGAGCUCAUGUUAAGGACCACCUCGAGUAUCACAACAUCUACCUUGGUCCCGAUAAUGAAUAUCGAGCAAGGCAGCGAAGGGAAAGACUGACGACCACCGGAUAUCAUUCCGACGUUUCAUACGAACAUCAGCCGCCUGGCAUUACGAUUCUCACCCUUCUGUCCGUCCCUCCAACCGGUGGAGAUACCGCAUGGGCAUCGCAAACUGCAGCAUACGCCCGCUUGUCACAGCCCAUCAAGACACUGCUCGAGGGUCUGCGUGCUGAACACAGCGGCUUCAACCAGGCAGAGAAUGCCCGCCGUGAUGGAAAAUAUGUCCGCCGAGAGCCAGUGAAGUCGGAGCACCCCAUUGUGAGGGUCCAUCCAGCGACGGGUGAAAAGGCUCUCUUUGUCAACAAGGGCUUUACAAAGCGCAUCAUUGGCCUCCAGCAUGAAGAGUCGGACGCUCUUUUGCAGCUGCUGUUCAACCAUAUCGCACUUGGCCAAGAUUUCCAGGUUCGCGUCAAAUGGGAGGAGGGCACGGUUGCGCUAUGGGAUAACCGCGUUACUGCCCAUACUGCUAUCUCGGACUUCGACAUUCAUAACCCGCAGGAGGGGCUCCGCCAUGGAGUCCGACUAACAACUCAGGCGGACAAGCCAUCAGGCAUUAAUGGACUUGAGUCGGUGUGUCAUCGAAAAAGGACAAAGGAUUACAUGGAUGCUCUUGAGCAAGAGGUCUUACGUCUCCGAGCAGAGGGUGAUCGCCUGAACCAAAUAGCUAGCAACUGGAAGAAAUGUGCCAUGGCCUUAGUUAAAUCAGGUAACACGCCGAUAUUGAACAUAAACCAAAUAUCGCAGUUUGGGCCUGGCAUAUUCCUCUGGUCGGUAUCAAGCUCUGACACCGAUAUGACGAUCGGUGAUCCGGCACUCUUUAUGAGCCACGAGUACCAGUGGCAAGCAUAUCAACAGCAGGCAAUGAUAUAUCCUAGUAUGGAUAUGAUACCACAUAUUAAUAUUGAAGAUGCCUCGGAAGAGUUUCUCUUGAGGAAUUUCUAUGAGAAUGUCAUUCCCACGCUGGACGUGACGGAGUCAACCAACCAAGGCUAUUCUAAACACAUUAUUCCACUUGCCUUCAAGCAUCAGAUGGUUCGAAGUUCCUUACUGGCAGCAUCUGCGAGCCAUAUACAAAUUACUCAAGGCUCAAAAUCCAUGGUCGACAGACUCAACUACAGGUCAACAGCAAUUGCUGAGCUGAGACAAAUUUCAGCACGACCAGAAACGGAUUCUUGUGCACCACUUGCCACAAUCCUAGGACUGAUGAUUGACGAUAUGAUAUGCGGCCACAGAGAGUGCCCUGCUUUGCUUAAGCUUGCCGAAUUCUGGGUUCGAAAAGACUGUCCCUUUAGCACUGACCCUGUUGAGAAGGCAACGCGUCGAUUCCUAUUAGACCAAGUGCAACUAUUGAAAGCGGUCGUUUGUCCUCUUUACCAAUUCAACAAGCUCCUGAGCAAAGACCGCCAAGCCACGGAUGGUAAACAAGCACUGUCUCUCAGCCAAAAAGAUUUAUACGAAGUCUUCUACUCAAUGGAAAGUGCCAUGGCACAAGCAUGCCAUAUAUACACACUACCGACUACCAGCAGUCCGCAUGAAAGCAGCGGCUCGGAUUCGGAUUCAUCCGACGAUCUCAACAGAUUGUUGGACAAACUUCAGAUCACUGUGCGCAAGAUUCCUCCAUUUUCCUUGGGAGAGAACUCUUUGACGUGGGUGUACUUCGUUGCAGCCUCAAGGAGCCGACGAAUCGAUCACAGCGCCUUCUUCGUCGCUAGGUUUGCAGAAUUGCUACAGCGCAUUGGACAUGACAAAGUGAAUGAGCUAUUAGCUGGACUAAUAUGA